AUAUUGCACAUAUAGCACAUAUACUAUUUCUGUAUUUUUAUCAUCAAUCGAUAAGAGAAAUUUCUCUGAUAAGCGCAGAUUAUACUGUGUAUAAAAGACAGCUAAAAAUUCACCUGUCAUCACUACAGUUCCGGGUGUUAUUGUGAAUUUUUCACUGUAUCAUUCCAUAAUUCGAGAUGAUUAGUUGCGCAAUAAGUUUCUUGGUCGGUUUGAUAUUCUCCAAAUGGACUCUCUUGGUGACAAUUCUCGGCUAUUUCGCCUACAAAUGGGGCACAUCAACGUACGAUUUAUUCGAGAAGCGAGGCCUCAAAUUCAUUCCGCCCGUGCCAUUUUUUGGCAAUUUUAAGCACAUGGCAUUGCAAACGAAAACUUUCUACGAUCUUAUGCACGAGCUUUACAACCAUUUUCCCAAUGAAAAAAUUUACGGAAUAUUCGAAUUUCGGAGACCAUUAUUUCUGGUUCGCGAUCCAGAGUUGAUCAAACAAAUGGCCGUUAAGGAUUUCGAUCACUUCCUCGAUCAUCGCUUCAAUGUUGACAAUGAACCACUCUUUGGCCGCAAUUUAUUUGCAAUGAAAGGCCAAAGAUGGAGAGACAUGCGAUCCACUCUGAGUCCUGCUUUCACAGGAAGCAAGAUGCGGACAAUGUUCCAUUUAGUCUCUGAAUGCUGUUCGGAAACCGUUAAUUAUUUGGAGAAAGAAUCGAAAGGAGGAAAACCAAUAUUAACGGAUUUGAAGGACUUCUUCACGAGGUUCACCAACGAUGUCAUUGCGACUUGUGCUUUUGGUAUCAAGGUGGAUUCUCUUAAUGACAGAGACAAUGAAUUUUAUCAGUAUGGCAAAAAAGCAACAGACUUUAGUGGACUUCGUUCCCUGAUUUUUCUUCUUGUACUACAACUACCAACAUUUUCCAAGAUCUUCGGCAUAAGAAUAUUUUCCGAAAAGUUCAGCAAUUUCUUCAGAAACCUUGUUUGGGAUACAAUUCGUCAUAGAGAAAGAGAGAAUAUAAUUCGUCCCGAUAUGAUUAAUCUUCUAAUUCAAGCGAGGAAAGGAAAGCUGAAAUAUGAAGAGGAAGAUAUUCAAAAAGACGGAUAUGCAACUGUCCAAGAAACUACUGUUGGAGAAGCCAUUCAUCAGAGCCAACUUGAGGAAGAUGAUCUCACAGCGCAGUGUCUGAUUUUCUUCAUUGCUGGUUUCGAUACCAGCAGCACUUGCAUGUGUUUCACUGCCCACGAACUUGCUGCCAAUCCUGAUGUUCAGAAGAAACUGAUCGAAGAAGUUGACGCCACGAAAGAAAUGCUCGGAGGAAAGCCUAUAACUUACGACGCUCUUCAAAAUAUGAAGUAUUUGGACAUGGUUAUUUCUGAGAGUCUGCGAAUGUGGCCACCAGCAGCUGGAACUGAUCGAACGUGUGUGAAGCCGUACACAAUCAAAUCUGAUAAGAUAAACUGCGAAGUAAAAGUUAACGAAGCAUUUCUGAUCCCGAUCGUGAGUCUGCAUCACGACCCGAAAUACUUCCCGAAUCCUUCUCGCUUCGAUCCUGAGCGAUUCAGCGAUGAAAAUAAGGAUAAAAUCACGCCCUUCACUUACCUUCCGUUCGGAGUUGGACCGAGAAAUUGCAUUGGAUCAAGAUUCGCAUUGAUGGAAACCAAGGCGGUGAUUUACUACAUCUUGACCAAGUUUACUUUCGAAGUGUCAAGGAAAACUCAAAUACCUCUUAAACUUGGCAAGACUGGAUUUGCCUUGAAGCCAGAGAACGGUUUCUGGGUUGAUCUUAAACCCAGAAAUAAUUAAAGACGUUAUGUCAUAUUAAUACUCAUGAUUGAUACAUAAUAAAUAAAAUAAUCCAUUGA